AUGGCAGGGAGCUCGGUGGUGAUUCAAUCCGACAACCGAUCUGCGGUAGCAUAUCUCCGCAACGAGGAGGGAAUGAAAUCUCAACCACUAACGAACCUAAAUCACCGCAUACUUCGAAUCUUCGACGAUCAACAGAUACACUUCAAAAUCCAUCACACUCCGGGUCUAUUUAAUCCACAAGCGGAUUCCUUGACCAGGCUUCACCGUCUUCCGGAGUUGCAUUUAAUGCCAAAUUGCACGAAGAUCGUGUUUAUGAAAAUGGGAACGCCUGUGAUAGACCUGUUUGCGUCAAAGACCGCCCGAGUGAUAGAGAAUUAUGCAACCUUAGAUCUCAAGGAUCACGAGGCAAUGUGUGAUACAUUGUGA